CUCCUUUACACAUCUACCGCGCUCUCCAUCAGGAGAAUGAAGCGCACACAAACUCUGAGAUCUUCAUCCUACUUGUUGUCGGAUGUAUAAAGAAAACCAGGGACGACCCAUACGUGAGGUGACUUUUUUUUCCUCCCUAAAGCAGCAGAUGUCAUCCAGCUGCCGGAGAUGAAGAAAAUGAGUCAAGACACCUGACAUAGCGCGACAUGGACGUCAUCUGGAGCUCAAGAGCGUGUGUGUGUGUGUGUGUGCGCGCGAGAGAGAGAGAGAGUGUGUAUGUGUGAGAGAGAGCAUGAUCUUGUUGGAGAAAUCGGUAAAGUUGACGGACUUGCUUUAAACGAAUUGAAUUGCGGCCAGUGUUCAGUGAACAUGGAGCGGAUGAAGAAGCGCUGAAGCCUGCAGCUGUUUCGAGUCGGAGAUUUGUCCACAGGAAGAAAGCAGAAGCAGCGUGCUGAAAUAUGGCUCGCCUCUUCCUUCUGUGCAAAUCUGUCGCACUGUUGCUUUUAGGCACUGACAUGUUUCUUGUCGGAGCAAACCGCCCUCCUGCUCCAGUCAAUGUAUCAGUCAUGAAUCUGAGAGCUGAUUCAGCCACAGUGACCUGGGAAGUUCCAGAAGGGGACAUCGUUAUUGGCUUUUCAGUCCUGCAGCAGAAGCAGGAUAGCCAUGUGCAGCGGUUUAUCCGGGAGGUAAACACCACCAGCAGGGCCUGUGUGCUUUGGGACCUGGAAGAGGAGACAGACUACAUAGUUGAAGUCCAGUCUAUUGGCCUUUAUGGAGACAGUCAGGCCAGUAAGCGCAUUCACUUCAAAACCCUCAAGAAGUCAGACCGCUUUCCGUCCAACAGUUCUAACCAAGACGAUCCGACUGUUGAAGGUCUGGACAAGUCUAGAAACCUUCAAACUGGGGAAAUGAUCAUCAUUGUGGUGGUGCUGCUUAUGUGGGCAGCGGUCAUCGCACUCUUCUGCCGGCAGUAUGACAUCAUCAAGGAUAACGAUAACAGUAACAGUAAAGAGAAGGUGAAGCCGUUGUCUGAGAGGAGCACACCAGAGCACCACAGUGGAGGACUCCUCAGGAGCAAGUUUCAUCAGUCUGUGCCAUCUAUCAACAUCAUAGAGGUUUAAUGGGAGGAGUGAAGACGACUGCUCCUUCCACAGUCAACAUGAUGCUACAUUCCUGUAAACCUUCUACAUUACAGAGUCAGGAUGCCAUGUGCCAGGAACCAUUAAUCACACUGGCUGCCACUGUUGCUAGAACUUUUCAUCCCACAACAAUGAGUGUGCACGCUCAACAUGCCAAAAGCAAUCUAUUCCUCUAGGGUAACUGUACAUGAAGUGAAAUACAGCAGCAUUCACACUGGUUUUAAUGUUAAUUCAGUGUGAAUGCAGUGCGCACUUUUCGUUCUGGGAUCAUAUGACUACGUUUUAUUUUUGAUAUGGUACUUUGUGGUCUUGGGAAAAGCUAAUGUAGAAGAGGGGUUUUUAUGGUUGUGUGUGUGUGUGUCUGUGUGUGUGCACCCCAUCACAGCCCCUGAACCUGUUGAAUGUAGUGCUUGGGUACAUCAUUCAAGUAAGCCCUUGUGCUGACAUGCCUAAAAAUAAAGAAGCUCAAAGGCUCAUCACAUAUUUCUGUAAAAUAUUUUUUUAAGAAAAUACUAUCACAAUAAAAAUGUCAGAAGGCAGGAACACUGUCAGAUAUAUGAUGAACACACCACAUUUUAAUACACCAGAACUGAUUACACUUGAAAAGAAAAACAAACAAAAAAAAUGCUUUGCUUGCACUAUACAUGUAUAUGGACAGUUUGGUAAAAUUGGACAUUUUAACUGCCAUCAUUUCAGCUUUAUUCAACAGACCAUAAUCUUUACAUCAAUACACCAUAAGUAAUGUAAAAUAUGUAAGUAAUUAUUUUUUAGAAAUAAUGAACCAAAUCAGUUUAUUAUUGAGAUCAAUAUAAAUAAAGCCCAAAUUAGGUGGUGGUUAACCGCAAAUAUUCAACAAAUAUUGCUGAAUGAUGGAGUUUAGAAAAAUGCUGUAAUUUCAUUUAUGGUUAUUUCUGUGGACUUAUUAUAUUAAUAAUGCUUUAUUAAGGAACACACAUUACAGGUUAAUUCAAAGUGUAUUCUUUCUUCAGUACAUCCCUAAUUAGAUUAUAUGAAAAUGGUUUCAUCACCAAGAACUACACUUCAUAAUCAUGAUUCAUAAUCACUGAUCUGUUACCUCAUCUAAUAAUUGUAUUAAAAAUAAAUACAUGUGCAAAAAAAGUUAUUUUAUGUAAAUCAUUGAGAAUGAACUAAUCAGGUAAAUCUCUGAAUUUACUGAAUUACAGAUUUGAAAAUAAAACUGCAGUAGCAGAUUAGCAUAAAGAAGACUACAGAGUAAUGUUUUGGAAUAACUCAACAUUUAAUUUUGGCCCAUGGCCCUCAGACAUGUUUGCUCUUUCAUAGGAGAAAGUUUGCACCUCUCUGAAAUGUUUAUUUUUAUCAGGGAUAAGAUAAUGGGUGUUUUAUAGACCAUGUACCAUAACUGUAUAUACAGUCAUAUACAAUUUACCAUAACUGUAUACACAGACAUACCAUAUGAAUACCUAUAUGAAACUACAAUAUUGGACGUGGAUUAUUAGUACAUAUUUGUUACUGGACAACACAUGAAAUGUACACAAAUAACAAUAUGCCAGUUAUGCACUAUAAUAAAAAUUGAGCUUUUUAACAUUUUGCAUGACAGGCAUUAAUCCCUAUUUUAAAUUAUGAACGGUUGGUGAACGAAGUAUAAUUCUUACUAAAUAAACCAUUUUAAAAGGUAUCUAAUUAUAAAGUUCAAUAAAAUACUGUAUUCUUUAUUGAUCUUGAAGAACAUGAACUUUAUUACCUCCAAUGUGUGUUUCUCAAAAGAAUGUUAAUGUGAUCAAAAUAUUGAUUGGUGUGCUGUUUUGUUGCUUCGUAAACAUUAUUUAUGGUUUAUUAAUGCUGAAGUUUGUUUUAAUAAUGUUGUGUAGUAAUCUAGUGAGGGAAUCUUAAUAUACUGCAUUACUCAUCAUUGGUUUCCAGCCCCCAUGUGCUGGACAUACACAUUCAAAUGUUUGGGUUAUAUCUGAUAGGUCUGUGUGAAAAGGUUUAAUUUGAACAACUACAGCCGAAUAAGUGAUCUCUCAGAAAUGUUAGUUAGAAUGCAUGUUGGCUUGUCAUUGGCUUGUAUAUAUUGUUUAUUAAAUCUUACUGUGUGCUAAUUUUAUAUGACAAAACAGUAACCAGAAAUAUUCUGAUGUACCUGUGCGAAGUUGAAGUAAUUCAACUUAUUGUUAUUAGAAUUUUCUAGCAAUAAAUACAUAUAUAUAUAUUAUAUCAACUGGUCAUCAUAAAACACCACAUGAUUUAAACACUACCAUGCUCUCAAGAAAUUGGCCUUAGCUUCAUGACAGCCUCUGAAGUUAUAAAGCAAUAUGAAAGACUGUACAUUAGCUAAUGCUUAGAAUUUCUUGAUGGUAAAUCAAGUUUGUUUUUCGGAACACAAUUUAGGUACCAAGUUCACGAAAGACUGCUCACACAUUGAAAUCAAAUGAUUGUUAUGAAACAUGCAUGGUGCAAAGAAUUCAAAAUUCCAAAUACAAAAUUAUCUUCUUUGUGUUGCUGGUUUUUUUUUAUUUUAAAAUAAUCUUUAAGACUUAGCCAUUUUCCGUUCAUCUAAAUUACUGGUUACAAUAAAGAUUACUGAAUAAUAA